AUGGCUAGAGAAUUUGAGAUGAUGGACAUUGGAUUAAUGUCCUACUAUCUUGGAAUUGAGGUAAAACAAAGAGGUGAAGGAAUCAUUAUCUCUCAAGAAGGAUAUGCAAAAGAAAUUCUUAAAAUGUUAGAAAUGGCGAAUUGCAAGCUAAUGAACACCCCAGUUGAAUGUGGAGUUAAAUUGUCUAAGCAAAGAGAUGGAGAGAAGAUUGAGGUAUUUAACUUGUACAAGACCGGAAAUUCUUUUUGGUAUUGGACUUACUUCAAGCAUGUUGGUUAUUGUGAUAGUGAUUGGGUUGGUGAUAUUAAUGUUUGGAAAAACACUAUUGGGUUUGUUUUCUUUAUGGGAAAUAUGGCAUUUACUUGGAUUUCUAAAACGCAACCUAUUGUGACAUUCUUUACGUAUGAAGCGGAGUAA